UCCAAGCAUUCAAGUAGUAAAUCCCUGGCCCAGCCUGAGCUAAAUCCUAUGAAGAGUGAAUUGCAAGGGGAUGAACAUUGGCCUCUUUCUGGGAAGCCAUACUCCCAUGUCAUUAUUACAAAAACAUGUGUCGAACGCCCGUAUCAAAUGGCAGUUCCAGCCAAAUUGCACAAAAUAAUUCCUUCUCUUGUGAUCCCCACUGUUCUGACCUAUCGGGGUAACAACUGGGACAUGUCAUAUAAUGGCCAUUAUAAAAGAAUUGUUUCUGGAUGGAGAGCAUUCGUAGAUGACAACAAUCUCAAGGUUGGGGAUGCAUGCGUGUUUGAACUUAUGGAGUGCUGCUAUACGAAACUCAUAUUCAGAGUCCAAAUUCUUAGAGGCGACCUCCCAUCUGAGUUUCUAGACAAAGUCAGUUUUGAGGGUGAGAGCUCAGGCACUCCUAUUAUUAUUGACUAGUAGUUCUCAUAUGAUGCCCCUUGUUUUUUGUUAUUCUCUUGAACAACAUUACUUGUUACGAAAUCAUAUCUGGAACUCUAAUAGAAUCUAUAGCAGUAUUAUGAAUUUGUUUAGGUAUUAAUAUUACCUCUUUUUUUGGAUGAAUUUAAUAUUACCUUCUUGCUGUUAUUGUAACAUGAUAUUUUUAUUUUGUAGCAUCCUUUGUAUGCAUACUUGGAUACAUUUGGAUUGAUUUUCCUAAUCUAGUCACUUAUAUCCUUGAGGCUUU